GCUGAGAAAAGCCCUUAGGAUCUUUCCAGAGACUAAGUCCCGGUUGUAGAAUGAGACUUGAGUAGUGCAGCGGAAGUUGAGGCAGUUGAACCCUUGUACUAGUAUAUGAGAACAAAGCGUUUCGACGCGUGGCACUCUCGUCAAUCGGGCAAAAUUUUGGAGCCUGAUAAGGGGGAGUCUGAAAGAGGCCUGUAGGAAUAUGAUCUGAGACCCGGAGUGUCUGGGUGUGGCACUCUAACAAAUCCGUCAUCGUCAGCUGUGGAGUUUGGCGGAUCCGUCCGUUUCACGUCGGAAGAUACUGCGUGUACCGGAUCCAGAAUCUCGCAGAAACUGGGCCACGUGUACGUCCGCUGACGUCCGUCCGUUACAAUGCAAGUACCGGGCUGCAAAGCUAGAACCGUGUACGUUACAAGUACCGAGAUGAAACGCUUGUCAUGCUGUCCGGGUUACAACGCUACUAGCAUCCGGUUACAAUGCGAGUACCGGGCUACAAUGGUCGCGCCGGAUGCCUCAGCAUUAAUUUGAUUGGUUGAGAUGAUUAGUGCCAGUACGAGUAGUAGACGGCGCCGCUAAAAUGCCCGUACAUACUAUACUACAUACUUAUCGUAUGGCUACUAGUAGUACAAAGCAGGCUCCGUACUAGCCACUGCACAUAUACAGUACUCCGCACUGGCGCCUCAGCAGGACCGUACCUACGUAGCAUUUCCACGUACCAUUCCUAGUGUCGAUCUCGUGCGACACCAACUUGAGAAUUUUCCCCACUAUCGUCGGUGUCGAGAGGCAGGGUCGCCGAGAUCGUAGUGGCCGGGAGUGGCGGGGGUCAACUGAAGGUCGACACGCGAAAUCACCGCAGUCGGCGGGGUGUCACGGCGGCGGUGCUCGUAGCGGAUCUCUGAGUCUGCUCGAGUCUUCCUGAGUCUGCCUGAGUCUGCUUGAGUCUGCCUGAGUCUGCCUGGGUCUGCCGGCGGCACACUCAGAAGCGGCCGGGCAUGAGUCAGCCUGAAAAGCGGCCUCAGCUGGAGCUCGAGGGGCCGCGUGACAUGAGUCUGCUUUUGAGACGUCGCGGAGUUCAGGCGGCGGUGCUCCUAGCAGCGGCGUUGCUGCUUGUCGCGGUCGGUCCAGCUGGCAGCGUAACAGGCGAGGGUUUUGAGCUGCCGGAUCCGCCGUCUAGGUUCGAUGCAUCUGUGGCGUGGCACCACAUGCAGUAUCGCACGGCCGACUCGUGCUGGAGCCAGCAGGAAAAGCAUCUCUACCACACGGCCGACAACUGCCCUCAUUCCGAAGCAUUCUCCACCGCGGUGGGGGCCUUUGAGCGGAUGCAGAGAGAGUGCGUGCAGCAGGGCGGCCCAAAGCAAUGGGCGUGGGUCGGCGACAAAUCCAAGUGGAGCAAGCAGCUACCUCGCCAUGGGCCCGACAGGGAGCUCUGCCGCUACAUUGUGGUGGAAGACAUGAGGAGAGGAGUUGGCAACAAGAUAACGGCAUAUGUGGUGUCCUUCGUGCUCGCCCUUCUCACCAACCGGGCCAUUAUUGUGCCGCCCCGUGCCUUCCUCACUCGCCGCCUCUGCAACCCCUUCGCCCAUUCCAACACAUCGUGGACCGUUGGCCCACCCACCUACGACCUGAUCCUGGGGUCUGUGUUUCAAAGGCCGCGGCUGCUGCUCACCAGCAUGGCAGAGCAGCUGAGAGCCACACAGGGAGCGGCACGGACGGACCUGCCAUGGCAAGUGAUCAACAAAGGCGCGGUGUGGAUGGACUUGUACCGCAGGAGCUGGAGCAAGUUCUGCGACGACCUGUGGUCCACUGCUGACGCGGCGCCCUUCUGGCUCGCAAGCAUCGAUGCGUACAUCGUCCCCAGCCUGCACUAUAUCCCACACUUCGCUGAUCGUCUCAAGGAGCUUUUCCCCGAAGGCACUCGUUUCCUCAUCCACCCGGACAACGAGCUGUGGGCGCAGAUCACCACCACCUUCCAUGCCAACCUCGCCCACUUCUCACACCGCCUCGGUCUACAGAUUCGCUCGCCAGAUGGCAUCCAGCUGCCGCUCUCUGGUAGAAUUCUGCAGUGUGGCGCAGCCAUUGCACACUAUCUGCCGUAUACAAGGCCGUACACACAGGCUCUCUUAAAGCCUGGUGGUGGAACGUUCCCACAUGCCUCACAUGCGCCGCACAGGACCAUGGGGGUGUUCGUGUCAUCAUUGAGCAUGAAGCACACGCUGGAGCUGCAAGCGCAGUACUCGCAGAACAUGCCCGUCGGCAACACACUUGUCGGCUUCUGGUCGCUCACGAGCGAGGAGAUAGAGAACAGGAAGGAGCAGCAUCUGGUGGCGACUGUCAUCGACAUCUGGCUCCUCAGCUUCUGUGACCGCCUUUUGAUAACGCACCUCUCCUCAUUCGGCCGCGUGGCAGCAGGGCUCGGGGGCAUAGACGCCUACUCCAUGGCGAUCACAGUGGUGAAGAUGCGGGGCAUCGACUGGCGGGAGAUGGGCGGGCCCGUGUGCGAGCGCGUGCCGUGUGAGCCGUGCGAUAGCGUUGGAGGGAACGUGCAGUGGUCUGGGUGCAGCUGGGACUUCAACCGCAGCAGGCUGGCCCAUGGGUCGGAUCGGCCACCCGGGUUUGGCUUCUGUGCGGGCUUCCAGUUCGGCCUGCAGGACCGCAACCCGCUCACCUCUCACUCGCCUUAGAGCUUCCUACUACGCACAGGCCAGGGUGUUGAAUAUGCACAGUUGCACGCCGUGGAUGGGAGGGGCCGCCCGGAUUUGGCUUCUGUGCUGGCUCCCAAUUCGGCCUGCAAGACUGCAACCCGCUUGCUCCGCACCUUGCAUGAAGAUUCUGGAAUUGGAACCAGGCCUGACGUUUAAAAAAAACCCACUGAUUUUGGCCCCAAAAAAAAUUCCCAAGUCUGAGUAGCCAGGUUUCAGAUUUCAGGUACCGUAAUCACCCGGAUAGACUCCCUUCCGUAGGAUAAGUCCCAUGGGCUUUAUCUCGUGCUUUGGGCCUUAUAGCUACUAUUCGAUUAAACGCCCCCCCUAUUUUUAGAAAGUGUGUACCCUAUACGCCCCUCAUUUAUUUCGUAAAUACUGCACAA